CCGUACUCCCACACAGUUCUGGUCGCCUUGCCGAACCGCACUGCCUGCCUAGAACCAGCCGUCUGGACUCGUCUUUUUGCCCGGAGAGAGAAGAGUUUUGCGCUUCCAAGAUGAACGCCAAAUUAGUUCUACUCCUGGUCGCUUCGGUAGCCACGCUGCACUUCUCCUACUGCGAGGAGGAAGAAAGGAUUCUGGCCCGCGUUCGCCGUGCGCCCAAGAAGCAGAUGCAAGCUGUCAUGCAAAUUCAGUGUAGUUGGCCUACCUACCUCGCCUGUAGUGACAAUUCCGCCUGCAUCCUGCAGAAUCAGCGUUGUGACGGCAUUCAAAAUUGUGCAGAUGCGUCUGACGAGGCUAACUGUGGACCUCAAGCCCAAAAGGUGCCGGUGUACGCAGUGAGGCAGCAGCAGGCCCCACAGGUGGUGAUCGCCCCCCAACAGCAGAAGGCCGAGCAGCAGCUCCAGCCACGGACCGUGAUGAUGGUCGCCCCCAAACCCGCGGCCUUGACCGGCUUCGGCCAGGAAAUCGGAAUGGCCAUCCAGGGCUACAACGAUGCCUCCUUCGCCAACGUGAACGCCGAACAGUGCGCCCAGCUGUGCAUCGAGUCCACAACCUUCUUCUGCCGGUCGUUCGACCACAGCAUGGACGGGCAGUGUCAUCUCUCCGCCCGCAACAAGAACAUGGUGAAGGGAGAGUUCCAGCCCUUCUCCGGGUGGAGCUACUUCGAGAGGGGGCUGUCUGGCGUGUCCGAGCCGGCUGGAGACUUCCCCGCUCCCGAGGGAGCACCUGAUGAGGGCGGUGCUGAGCCUGCUCCAGUUGUGCUUGCACAGCAGCAGCAGCCACAGUACGUGAUGAUGGGCGCGAGUCAACAACAAAAAGGGCAAGACGGCAAGCCUCAGCCGGGGCAGACCGUGUACUUGCCCCGCCCGGCAGCCCCGAUGAAGGCCCAGCCCGUCAUGGUGCAGGCCCCGCAGAACGUCGUGGUUCUCCCGCCAGUCGUCAACCUGAUCUGCCCGCAGGGAUUCAUCCGACACGACCGGAUCUGCUACUCCUUCUCCAGCGCUCCCGUGAACUACACCACGGCUGAGACCGAGUGUAGCGAACUGGGAGCCACCCUGGCGAGCAUCAACAAUGAGAACCAGCACAUGUUCCUGUCUGAGUACCUGAAUGUGGUGAACCCAGGAGAGAACCACUGGAUCGGACUGGAGGACAGGGCCACUGAGAACCAGUUCAUGUACUCUGACUCCACCCCGCUGGGCAAGUUCAUGAAGUGGGCUCCGGGCGAGCCUAACGACCAGGGCAAGGACGAGGACUGUGUGGAGAUGUUCCCCAACGGCGGCGGCUACUUCCGCUGGAACGACGAGUCCUGCUGCCGCGACCGCCACUACAUCUGCCAGGCUCCGCCGGAGAGACGCAUCACCUGCUUCUGCCACAACCACUCCACAGUGUGCGCCGAUGACGGAAUCUGCGCAGACUGCCAGCACAACACCGAGGGUGACCAGUGUGAGAAGUGCAUCGAAGGCUACGAAGGCUUCGCCACCUCGGGGACAGCCGACGCCUGCCGGCCGGCGCAGCAGCUGGUCGCGGUGCAGGUCGUGCAGCAGAAGAAACCCGUCAUGACCUUCCGCAUGCCCAAGUAAACACCUCAGCAUCACGUGAUGCCGCAUGGAGGUCGUUGAUUUGCAAACCAAAACGAGGCUGUGGCUUUUGACCUUUGAACUAGACAAGAUGGCGGAAGAAGAGUGAUCAAAACGCGAAGAAAUAGAUACCACCUGUAUGUAGUUUUAAGACGAGAAUGUCGUUUUGUUGGAAAGAAAUGGAAAAGCAAGUGUAUGUUAAUGUGGAUGUAAGCAAAGCUCGAAAACACAGCUUCUACUCACGGCCUGCAUGUAAGGUACCAUAUUGUCAACAAAGACCAAAUAGAAAAGAUAUCAAAAGGAGAUCUAGAGUUUGUCCAAAAGGUGCUACAUAAGUUAGAUGGUAAGAUCGUUUCUCUCUUGUGCACUUUUGCACAACAAGGUGCUUACUUAUACAGGGUUUUUAACACCAAAGGAUGAAUUUAAGAAUAGGUGUUUGAAGUUGGUGCUGUAUUUGAUAAACCAAUAUACUGAUCAAGAUUGUAUCGUCAUCCGUGAAUGAACUUUCGAUGCCAAUAGGGCAAUCGUUUUGAUGUGGUUUGGAUUUUAAAGUAUUAAGUAGGUAAGAUGUAUCAAGUUUGAUCUCAUAAUGGUGCUUCAACAUCUCAGGCAAAACAGUUUACAGGUAAAUUAACUUUUAAAGAUACAUAUCACACAAAUGAAGUUGUACAACUACAGUUGAUGUUAACAUUACUUGUAUUCGGAAGUAGGCAUUAUAGCUUUAAUUGUUUUAAAUUGAGCACGUUUUCCCUUUGAAGUGGUGAGAUUCGCUUUUCUGAUCGACUCAUUUGCUUUACUGCUUGGUGGUUUUAGGUGCCCUAGGUGCGCUGUUGUUAAAUGUUAGAGCUAUUAAAUGAUAUGAUUUCGAUGCCUAAAAGAGUUGCCACGUUGACAGUGUUAUUAUCCUUGAGAUAUGCACGCACGAAAAAGGCCGAAGGCCGCAUUUCAUCCACUGUAC